GCCAACAAGCAACAAAAAAGGAAGAAGAAGAAGCAGAAGUUGUUUCACAGAAGAAGAAACAUUAAUGGAACGUGGGGUUGGGUUCCAUCGCUAUCGCAGGCAUGCAAAAUCAAGCUCUGCCUCGACCAUGGUGUUGCCUAAUGACUCAAACAACAACACUACUUGUAAUGGCGAUCAACAAGCUCCGCCACCGCCACCGCCGCCGCCAUGCAUGGUACGUGAGCAAGACCAAUACAUGCCCAUAGCCAACGUGAUACGCAUCAUGCGCCGCAUUCUACCGUCCCAUGCAAAGAUCUCCGACGACGCGAAGGAGACAAUCCAAGAGUGCGUGUCGGAAUACAUUAGCUUCAUCACCGGGGAGGCGAACGAGCGGUGCCAGAGGGAGCAGCGGAAGACUGUCACCGCCGAGGACGUGCUUUGGGCGAUGGGAAAGCUGGGUUUCGACGACUACAUUGAGCCGCUCACUGUAUACCUCAACCGGUACCGUGAGGCGGAGAAUGAGCGGAACACUUCGCAUGGGGAUCAACUGCUUUUUCUUAAGCGUGGGAUGGAGAUUAAUCAUCAUGGCCCUAUUGGGAUGCCGCCACCUUAUGGGUCUGGGUACCCAAUGGGCCAUUUUUCCGGGAUGCUUGAUGCUGCUGCUGCGAUGGGUGGAGGGGGGUACUAUAGGGAUUUGGCUGGUAGCGGAGCCUCCUCCACUGCCCAGAAUGCUUUGGCCAGCUUUGAUCCUUUUGUUCAGUUCAAAUGACCAGGAAUAAGAUGUGGCAUGGGUAGCAAUCCUUUUGUUAUAUGCUAUUAUAGUUUAAGAUUUUUCGAUGGAUUUGAUCCCAUCACAUAUUGGGCUCAUCUCUUUGCUUAAUUAAGUUAUCUUUUGGUCA